CCGCCGCCGCCGCCGCCGUCGCCACCGCCACCGCCGGCCCGUCUUCGUGUCCCGGUCUCUGCGCUCCCGCCUUCCGGCCGCCGCGGCCCUCGAUGCGGGGCUGGUCCGUUGCGUGAUGGGGUUGCCGAGCGGCGCCCUGCUGCUCGCGGCGGCCGCUGCUCGCGCUGAGGAGCGUCGGUGCCGGGCUGCCCAAGCCCCCGCGCGCCGCGGCGCCUGCUGACCCGGCCCGUCUGCCCGUCGGUCCGCAGCGCGGCUGAGGAAAUUUGGACAUAACUUCGUAAGAAGAUUUGAAUCUUUAUUCCUGAACUGCAAGACCAUCAGCAUGUCGGGAGCCUCAGUGAAGGUGGCGGUCCGUGUGCGGCCCUUCAAUUCUCGAGAGACCAGCAAAGAGUCCAAGUGCAUCAUUCAGAUGCAAGGCAACUCAACCAGUAUUAUUAACCCAAAGAACCCAAAGGAAGCUCCAAAGUCCUUCAGCUUUGACUACUCCUACUGGUCUCACACCUCGCCGGAAGAUCCCUGUUUUGCGUCUCAAAAUCGGGUCUACAAUGACAUUGGAAAGGAGAUGCUGUUACAUGCCUUCGAGGGAUAUAAUGUCUGUAUUUUUGCCUAUGGGCAGACUGGCGCUGGAAAGUCUUAUACAAUGAUGGGUAAACAAGAAGAAAGCCAGGCUGGCAUCAUUCCACAGUUGUGUGAAGAACUAUUUGAGAAAAUCAAUGACAACUGUAAUGAAGAAAUGUCUUAUUCUGUAGAGGUGAGCUACAUGGAAAUUUACUGUGAAAGAGUACGAGACUUGCUAAAUCCCAAAAACAAGGGCAACUUGCGUGUGCGUGAACAUCCACUUCUUGGCCCAUAUGUGGAGGAUCUGUCAAAGUUGGCAGUCACUUCCUACACAGACAUUGCUGACCUCAUGGAUGCUGGGAACAAAGCCAGGACAGUGGCAGCCACCAACAUGAAUGAAACAAGCAGCCGUUCCCAUGCUGUGUUUACCAUUGUUUUUACCCAGAAGAAACUUGAUAAUGAGACCAACCUUUCCACUGAGAAGGUCAGUAAAAUCAGCUUGGUGGAUCUUGCUGGAAGUGAACGGGCUGAUUCAACUGGCGCCAAAGGGACUCGAUUAAAGGAAGGAGCAAAUAUUAAUAAGUCCCUUACGACUCUGGGUAAAGUCAUUUCAGCCCUGGCAGAGGUGGAUAACUGCACCAGCAAGAGUAAGAAGAAGAAGAAAACUGAUUUUAUUCCCUACAGAGAUUCUGUACUUACUUGGCUCCUUCGAGAAAAUCUAGGUGGUAAUUCUCGGACCGCAAUGGUUGCUGCCCUGAGCCCAGCAGAUAUCAACUAUGAUGAAACUUUGAGCACUCUCAGAUAUGCAGAUCGUGCAAAACAAAUUAAAUGCAAUGCUGUUAUCAAUGAGGACCCCAACGCCAAACUGGUUCGUGAAUUAAAGGAGGAGGUGACACGGCUGAAGGACCUUCUUCGUGCUCAGGGCCUGGGAGAUAUUAUUGAUAUUGAUCCAUUGAUCGAUGAUUACUCUGGAAGUGGAGGCAAAUAUCUGAAAGAUUUUCAGAACAAUAAGCAUAGGUACUUGCUAGCCUCUGAGAAUCAACGUCCUGGCAAUUUUUCCACAGCAUCCAUGGGGUCCCUUACUUCAUCUCCAUCUUCCUGCUCACUCAAUAGUCAGGUGGGCUUAACAUCUGUGACUAGUAUUCAGGAGAGGAUCAUGUCUACACCUGGAGGAGAGGAAGCCAUCGAACGUCUAAAGGAAUCAGAGAAGAUUAUUGCUGAGUUGAAUGAAACCUGGGAAGAGAAGCUGCGUAAAACAGAGGCCAUCAGAAUGGAGAGAGAGGCCUUGUUGGCUGAGAUGGGAGUUGCCAUUCGAGAAGAUGGAGGAACCCUGGGGGUUUUCUCACCCAAAAAGACCCCACAUCUCGUUAACCUCAAUGAGGACCCGCUAAUGUCCGAAUGCCUGCUUUAUUACAUCAAAGAUGGAAUUACUAGGGUUGGCCAAGCAGAUGCUGAGCGGCGCCAGGACAUCGUGCUGAGCGGGGCUCACAUUAAAGAAGAGCAUUGUAUCUUCCGGAGCGAGAGAAACAACAGUGGGGAUGUUAUCGUGACCCUGGAGCCCUGUGAACGUUCAGAAACCUAUGUCAAUGGCAAGAGGGUGGCGCAGCCUGUUCAGCUCCGCUCAGGAAACCGCAUCAUCAUGGGUAAAAACCAUGUGUUUCGUUUUAACCACCCGGAGCAAGCACGGGCCGAACGGGAGAAGACACCUUCUGCUGAGACCCCCUCUGAGCCUGUGGACUGGACGUUUGCCCAGAGAGAGCUUCUGGAAAAACAAGGAAUUGAUAUGAAACAGGAGAUGGAAAAAAGAUUACAGGAAAUGGAGAUCCUAUACAAAAAGGAGAAAGAGGAAGCAGAUCUUCUCCUGGAGCAACAGAGACUGGACUAUGAGAGUAAAUUGCAGGCCUUGCAGAAGCAGGUGGAAACUCGAUCCUUGGCUGCAGAAACAACUGAAGAGGAAGAAGAGGAAGAAGAAGUUCCUUGGACACAACAUGAAUUUGAGCUGGCCCAGUGGGCCUUCCGGAAAUGGAAGUCUCACCAGUUUACCUCGUUAAGGGACUUACUCUGGGGCAAUGCUGUUUACCUGAAGGAGGCCAAUGCCAUCAGUGUGGAGUUGAAGAAGAAGGUGCAGUUUCAGUUUGUUCUGCUGACUGAUACCUUGUACUCCCCUUUGCCUCCUGAAUUACUUCCCACUGAGAUGGAAAAAACUCAUGAAGACAGACCUUUCCCUCGUACAGUGGUGGCCGUAGAAGUCCAGGAUCUGAAGAAUGGAGCAACACAUUAUUGGUCUUUGGAGAAACUUAAGCAAAGGCUGGAUUUGAUGCGAGAAAUGUAUGACAGGGCAGGGGAGAUGGCCUCCAGCGCCCAAGAGGAAGGUGAAACCACCAUGACUGGCAGUGAUCCAUUUUAUGAUCGGUUCCAUUGGUUCAAGCUCGUAGGAAGCUCCCCCAUUUUCCACGGCUGUGUGAAUGAGCGCCUUGCCGACCGCACACCCUCCCCCACUUUUUCCACGGCCGAUUCCGACAUCACUGAGCUGGCUGACGAGCAGCAAGAUGAGAUGGAGGAUUUUGAUGAUGAGGCAUUCGUGGAUGACACCGGCUCUGACGCAGGGACGGAGGAGGGAUCAGAUCUCUUCAGUGACGGGCAUGACCCGUUUUACGACCGAUCCCCAUGGUUCAUUUUAGUGGGAAGGGCAUUUGUGUACCUGAGCAACCUGCUGUACCCCGUGCCCCUGAUUCACAGGGUGGCCAUUGUCAGUGAGAAGGGCGAAGUGCGGGGAUUUCUCCGUGUGGCUGUACAGGCCAUUGCAGCGGAUGAAGAAGCUCCUGAUUAUGGCUCUGGAAUUCGACAGUCAGGAACAGCUAAAAUAUCUUUUGAUAACGAGUACUUUAAUCAGAGUGACUCUUCUUCGGUUGUAAUGACUCGCUCUGGUCUAUCCUUGGAGGAGCUGAGGAUUGUGGAAGGACAGGGUCAGAGUUCUGAGAUCAUCACUCCUCCGGAAGAAAUCAAUCCCAUGAGUGACUUGGAUUUGAAAUCAGGCACUUUGCUGGAUGGUAAAAUGGUCAUGGAAGGAUUUUCUGAAGAGAUUGGCAACCACCUAAAACUGGGCAAUGCCUUCACUUUCCGUGUAACAGUGCUACAGGCCAGUGGCAUCCUCCCAGAGUAUGCAGACAUCUUCUGUCAGUUCAACUUUCUGCAUCGCCACGAUGAAGCGUUCUCCACGGAACCCCUCAAAAACAACGGCAGAGGGAGUCCUCUCGGCUUUUACCACGUGCAGAAUAUUGCAGUGGAGGUUACAGAAUCAUUUGUGGAAUAUAUCAAAACCAAGCCUAUCGUGUUUGAAGUCUUUGGACAUUAUCAGCAGCACCCACUUCACCUGCAGGGACAAGAGCUUAACAGUCCACCCCAGCCGUCUCGACGAUUCUUCCCUCCGCCCAUGCCGCUGUCCAAGCCAGUUCCAGCCACCAAGUUGAAUACCAUGAGCAAAACCAGCCUCGGCCAGAGCAUGAGCAAGUAUGAUCUUCUGGUUUGGUUUGAGAUCAGUGAACUGGAGCCUACAGGAGAGUAUAUCCCAGCUGUGGUUGACCAUACAGCAGGCUUGCCCUGCCAAGGGACAUUUUUGCUUCACCAGGGCAUCCAGCGAAGGAUCACGGUGACCCUUAUCCAUGAGAAGGGAAGUGAACUCCACUGGAAAGAUGUUCGCGAGCUGGUGGUAGGCCGGAUUAGGAGUAAGCCUGAGGUGGACGAAGCCGCAGUUGAUGCCAUCCUCUCCCUAAAUAUCAUCUCUGCCAAGUACCUGAAGUCUUCCCACAACUCUAGCAGGACCUUCUAUCGUUUCGAGGCCGUGUGGGAUAGCUCCCUCCACAACUCCCUCCUUCUGAACCGGGUGACACCCUAUGGGGAAAAGAUCUACAUGACCUUGUCAGCCUACCUGGAGCUGGAUCACUGCAUCCAGCCCGCCGUCAUCACCAAGGAUGUGUGCAUGGUCUUCUACUCCCGGGACGCCAAGAUCUCACCGCCUCGCUCCCUGCGCAGCCUCUUCGGCAGCGGCUAUUCAAAGUCACCAGACUCCAAUCGAGUCACUGGAAUUUAUGAACUCAGUUUAUGCAAAAUGGCAGACACAGGUAGUCCAGGCAUGCAGAGGAGGAGAAGGAAAAUCUUGGAUACGUCUGUGGCAUAUGUGCGGGGAGAAGAGAACCUAGCAGGCUGGCGGCCCCGUGGAGACAGCCUCAUCCUUGAGCACCAGUGGGAGCUAGAGAAGCUGGAGCUCCUGCACGAGGUGGAGAAAACCCGCCACUUCCUGCUACUCCGUGAAAGACUUGGUGACAGCAUCCCCAAAUCCCUGAGCGACUCGUUGUCCCCCAGCCUGAGCAGUGGGACCCUCAGCACUUCCACCAGCAUCUCCUCUCAGAUCUCAACCACCACCUUUGAAAGUGCCAUCACACCCAGCGAGAGCAGUGGCUACGAUUCAGCAGACAUUGAAAGCCUGGUGGACCGAGAGAAGGAGCUGGCCACCAAGUGCCUGCAGCUUCUCACCCACACUUUCAACCGAGAAUUUAGCCAGGUGCACGGCAGCAUCAGUGACUGUAAGUUAUCCGACAUCUCUCCAAUCAGACGGGAAUCCUCCGUGUCCAGUUUCAGCAGUGCUACUCUCACUCCCUCCUCCACCUGCCCGUCUCUCGUGGACACUAGGGCCAACUCUUCGGAUCAGAAGACCCCAGAAGCCAAUUCCCGGGCCUCAAGUCCCUGCCCAGAAUUUGAACAGUUUCAGAUUAUUCCACCUGUGGAAACGCCCUAUUUAGCCCGAGCAGGAAAAAAUGAAUUUCUCAAUCUUGUUCCAGAUAUUGAAGAAAUUAGACCAGGCUCCGUGGUCUCUAAGAAAGGAUAUCUGCACUUCAAGGAACCACUCUCCAGCAACUGGGCUAAACAUUUUGUCGUGGUCCGUCGCCCCUAUGUCUUCAUCUAUAACAGUGACAAAGACCCAGUGGAGCGGGGCAUCAUCAACCUGUCCACAGCGCAGGUGGAGUACAGCGAGGACCAGCAGGCCAUGGUGAAGACACCCAACACCUUUGCUGUCUGCACAAAGCACCGCGGGGUCCUUUUGCAGGCUCUCAAUGACAAAGACAUGAAUGACUGGUUAUAUGCCUUUAACCCACUCCUUGCUGGCACAAUACGGUCAAAACUCUCCCGCAGAUGCCCAAGCCAACCCAAGUACUGAGUGACUGCCGAGCACCCUCGCUCGCCUUCGAGAGAUAAAGAAAGUGUUUUCUCUCAUUUCUUUCUGUGAUUCUUAACAGUUACACUUGUGUGUGACCCUGCGGCUGAGCGGCUUGUCUCUCCUCGUCCAGCCCUCUGUCCAGCGCUCCCGUCCCCACCCCAUCGCUCUGUACUCUUUUCCUUUCUCCCGUGCUGAGAAUCUUGUUAGAAGCAUGUGGCCUAACAAAAGGGGGAAAAAAAAAACACGAAAAAACAAAACCCAGCGGGGAUCCAGUGACUCUCCACAUUAUUUCGUGGCGUAUUUUGGCUUCCUUUUGUGUGCCUGGUCCCCAUUAUGACCACCUCUUCUAUCGGUACUGCUGUCUAUGGAUAUCUCUGUUUUUCAAGGCAAAAUAAUACUUUUUUCUUUUCUCUAUUUGUGAUGUUUGUCUUGGGUGGUUUAGAGACUAAAGGAGGAGACAUCUGCUCUUUUUAGAACCUGAGAGGAAAAAACUUACCUUUGUUCCUGCUGUCUCUUUUUGCCAUUGCUAAUCCCUGCAUUUUCUAUCCAGGGAAACGGUUGUCAUGAGCUUAGAAAUGGGACAGGUAUAAUUCGCUGAAAUUGGGGCUUAUAUAGAACGUAGUUAUGUAAUUUUCGUUUAGCAGGUUUGGGACAGUGGCUGCUGUUGACCUUGUGAGAAGAGAAGAGCCGGUGAUAUUGCCGGCAGAUUUGAAAGGACCGUGGGCCUGGGCGGCGGGCCGUGCCAGCGGGUGGUCCGUAGGAUGCUUGCCCUUCCUCCGGCAGGGCUCCCCUGAGCCUUUGGUCUCCACUGGGAGGAACCUCUUCUCUGUUGCUCAGUUCUGUUCUUGGCAUCAGCGACGACAGGGGUACAGUUGUAAUUAGUGCCGGGAUGUCCUACACAAACAUCCCACAGGGAGGGGGUGUUUCACGUCCUGGUGAUGAGCGUGAUGGUCCUUGUCAUCAGGAUAAUGAUGAUAAUGCUGGGGAGUGACCUUGGGAGGAUUGUAGCACCCUUUGAUCAAAGAAAAAUAGCUCUUAAGUAUAAACCUGGAGUCUCCCUCUGAAUCCAGUGGUCAUUUUCAGUGAUGCUUGUCUUCCCUAUGCUCGUAAAUAAGCAAACAUGGCAGGCUUUCUUUCUGGAUCCCAGGACCGUAACGGACUUCCUUCCACCACUAAAAGCAGAAGGACACCUGGGGCAGAGAAGAGGGUCCACCUGAACCCGGGCCCCACGUGUAGUUCUCCGCAUCUGCCUGGCCUCCACGCCUUGGUUGUCUCCACCAAGUGUGGAAAUACAGCCGGAGGAGAAAGGAAGACGCUCACAACCCAUAGUCACCUUCUCUGACCACAGGGUCACCUGCCCGCAGAGGCCAUGAUGGAAGAUGCCGCUUUUCUCAGCUGCAGGAAGUUGUGCAGGAAUGGCCCAGGAAGAAGGCGUCCACUUCCUCCAGUCAUUUUGCUCCUGACUCGGGGGUGUUCUUUGCCCUCCUUCACCCCCUCGCGCACACCUCUGUUGGACCGUCCCUCGGGCAUCCAGGAAAGUUUCUGCUCACUCCACUUUGUGGGGACUGAGGGUCCUCGGCCUCGAGGUUGCUAACUCUCUGGCAGCGAGGGGAAGGGCUCUGCAGAAUGGUUGCUGAGCAGGCUCGUCCUCACCCAGACCCUGCUUCUGGCUUCCUGGCUGGGCUCACCUGGCUCCGUUCAUCAGCGAGGAGGAAGAGUGAGUCUCGGAGAGCCUCACAAAGACAGACUGGAAAUCAGAGGUUGUGACCGGAUCUGAAAAAUGAUCAAUAACAACUCUAUAGUCGAUUUUUUUUAACCUUCUUUCUCUCCUUAAAACAUAGGUCACUAGCUCUAAUGUUGUUGGUUUUCUAAGUGGUAGAUGAGACUUUGAUGUAGUUAGAGGUUUCCUGUCUAAUGGACAUGGCAUAUGCCCUCCUGGUGUCUACUCAGAUCCAGGAUCUGUGUCUAGAGACAGCUUCCUGGGCCAAAAUUAAAUCUCAUGUCAGGGAGAUGAAGGUUACUUUUAGAAUUAAACCACGGAUGCUGCUGCUGUUGCAAAGUCUGGUAGGAGGCUCCGUGUCUGUGACAAAAGGGUGGGGGGGAGCUGACAGAGAGUAAAAUCAUGUAAUACACUGAAAGGACUUUUUUCUUCUAACUUAAACAGACCUGGCUUGGAAAGUCUUUGCUUUGGAGGUGUCAGGUACGAGAACAGGCCGACUGGAUGUCUGUAACAUCUCCGGGAGAGGACCCUGCAAGGAAGCAGGGCCUCUGCGGGGCUCACAGCACAGGCAGCCCCAUGGGGCCCCUUUCUCAAAGGGCCCGUUUUCAGGUUGGAGCUGGGACAGUUUCAAGAUUGAUGUUCCCUUUUCAGACUCCGAAGCUCUCAGAGGAAAUUUAUGACAGGAAUAAUUGAUGAGGUUUUUGCUGAAGCCAUAGUGGCAGGAAAGUUGAAAGAACUCAAACCUUUAAGGAAAGCACCUUUUGAGGGAUUGUUUGUUUUCUUUUUUUUCCCCCUAAAGCACUCCUUUAAACAAAAAGAAAACUAAAAAUAAAGCAAGAAGGAACAUUGUUACAUAAAUGAAGGAGAAAGGAGUGCUAGUUAAAAGUACCCCCCCACCCCCCGCUGUCCUCCUCUUUCCUGCCAAAGCAGAACAUGGCCUCACGACUGCCACCGACCAGUGCUCAUGCCCUCCUGUCUCUGCGCCAGCCUGGGGGUCAGCCAGCUCUCAGGCUAGGCUCUGCAGGGCCGGUCAGCCCGUGCACACAGCCACAGGCGCAGGUAAGGGCUGCCUCUGGCAGCUGGGCAGGCACUUGAAUUCCAGUGCAUUUUUAUAAGGUGAUGUAGGUGAGGGAAAUGAUUUUUCCCAAGAAACCACUACUUUUUCUUCCCUUCAGGCCUGCCUAGAACUUACACAACAAUUCAUAUUUUCAGUGGGGUUUUCCAGCUCUUCUCAGAUAAGGAAUCAAUUAAAUCAUUGAUUAAUUGGGGAAGAUCUGUUGGUACCUAAAAUAAAAUGAUUUCUCCUGGCACAUGUAUCAAAGCAAAGACUUUGUCGCCUGCUGCUUCUUAUCUAAUUUACAAGGAUAUUUAAUUUUGUAAGGUAUUUGUAUAUUUAUGCAGCUGUAAUUAAUUGCACAUUGAACUGGAAAAGCAAGGGUGACCUAGCGUGUGGCCCCUGUUGGUACUCGGCCUUCCCUCGUCCGGGCUCCACUCCGGUUCUCCUGGACAGUAUCAGGGCUUGUUCGUUUCUCGUUUGACUCGGUCCUCCAUUUUUCCUUUUGAUUCCCUUUUUAAAAUGUGAUUGUUAACCUGCUCUUUAAAGAGACUAAUUUUGCUGCUGCUCUCAGAAGGUUUGCUGAAUGUAUUUUAACCAGGACUCUAACUUGAUGCACCGCCAUGUCCCCCCAGCCAGUGAUGAUUCGCCCAGACCCUGACUGCGCAGCGGGAAUGUAUAGAUUUGUGCUUCCUUACUAAGUGCAAGUGUCAGCUGAGAGAUUAUCUGCUGCUGUUGUUCAAAAGGCCAUUUAUGAAACUUGUAUUGGAGCCCCAUAAAAUCUUAGGAAAGCCUCUAAUCAUUUGAAGGAAGAAAUUAGAGUUGAUUCAAAUUUCAUGUUAAAAACUCACAGCCAGACUGGCCUGUGUUCAGGUGGAAAGCUGGAGCUGAGGUUGGUCUCUUGCCAAACCCUAGCUGUCAUGUGUUUUUUUCAUGUCUUCGAGUUCGUUGUUUUCAUGCAGCAUAUACCCUGGCAUCAUUCACCUGAGGAGUCCAUCUGCCUUCUCACGAGUCGUCCUAGACCUUGUGGCUCUAAAGUAUUUGUCCGUUGAGAUUUCGAGUCUCUCGUCACCACCCUCGUGCACUACAACAAAACCAUGAAGCAUAAGUGGCCUUUUUGAACCAAGACUUUGCAAACUGAUCUCUCCCCAGUGACGGAGUUGAGCACAUUUAGCAACGAUGUACAUUAUUAAUUUCAGGUUUUCAUUUUCAUGUUUUAUUAUGUAAAUACUCUCUGAUGUUUGGAGCUUGAGUAUACAGUAUGUAAAUAUAGUUCUCGUAUUUGUACUAAUUCUGGUUCUUUUGCUGUAUAGCCUUAGAUGUGCAAUGCGGACAUUAUCUACCUGUGUGUGGUAACCUUGCAUCGCGGAACUCUUAGUGAACGAGCUAAACAUAAUAAAGGUACAGCCAGUGCAUCAGA